AUGGCUAGUGGUAGUGGUGGGGAUGCUGAUGACGUAGACCGGCGAAUUAACAAAGAGUUGUCGGCCUAUAUGUCUGCGGAGAUAAAUCGCCUGAUACAAGCGGCCUUGCACCAGCAGCAGCCGGCGGUACCUCGCCCCAUCCAACAUCGAGUUGUAGUACCCCGGGACCACGUCGCUACACACCAAUGGUUGUUUGAAGACUAUUUCGCUGAGCAGCUGCGGUUUGGGGACAACUUUUUCAGGCGGCGUUUUAGGAUGCACCGGGAUUUAUUUAUAGGUUGGAUGCGAGCGGCAGCCCCGGUCGCUCGCCUAUACAGAAGUGCACCCGCAAUCAGGCAGUUGGCCUACGUAGGCGCAACCAAAAUGUUCGACGAGUACCUCCACAUCGGCGAGAUGACUGCCCGCGAAUGUCUCAAGUAUUUUUUUCAGGGCGUCAGGGAGAGGUAUCUUCGUAAGCCUACUCCCGAAGACUGCCAUGAUCUAAUGGCUAUGCAUAGGUCGGUGCAUGGGUUUCUCAGGAUGUUGGACAACAUAGAUUGUACGCAUUGGGAGUGGGAGAACUGCCCCACCGCCUGA